UCAGUCACUAAGAAACGAGAGGGCAUCAUUUCCGAGGUCGGCUGCACCUGCUGCAACUCUCCUGCCACACGGCACAAACAUCCUCUUCCAUGUCCGGAGGCUUAACCAUGGAUCACACUUUCCUGCCUCGAUCUAUCUGGACCGGUGACAGUAAAUUCGUCCAGCAUCCAUCGGAUCUUUACUCCAGCUUGAUAGUUACUCGCAGCAUCCCUGCAGGCACGUGCUUUGGUCCAUGUGUGCUCCAAAACACUUUCUACGACACGGUCGCCUUCAUAGCACAAAAAUCCUGCGACAAGAGAGCGAAAUCGUAUGUGUUCAGGGUGGACCCUGAAGCCAUGCGUAAUUCUGCGCUGGUGGUGUCCUGGCUGCGGCUCGUGCAGGCUGCGCGCAAUGCAGAGGAACAGAACACAGAGGCCUUUCUGAAAGCAGGUCAGCUGUAUGUGCGAACCACCCGAUACAUCCGGCAGGAGGAAGAGCUGCUGGUGUGGUACGACCAGGAGUUGUCUCACCUACUGGGCUUCACAGAUAUGAUCAGAGGAUCACGUGAAGAACUCAAAUGUGGCAAAUGCAACGAGGUCUUCAAGUACCAGUAUCCUUUCCUGGCCCACUGUCGAUUCAUGUGUUCUCAAGUAAAAAGUGACAGCUGGAGCCGCGAGGGUUACAGGCACAGGCACGUGGAAAUUAAAAGGCAGCACCGAGUGACAGAUUUCCAUAACAUCGCCAGAGACUUAGAACACAAGAAAUCUGGCAGCAACGAGGACGCAGAGAUUUCUCCCAAGAGAAAGAAAUACGAGGAAACUCUUAAUCCUAAAGCGCGGAAAACAGUUCUCUUAGAAAAAACUAAUAUUUCAAAUGAUGACAACAUUUCACAGCUGAUUAAGGGCUACGACCAGGCAGUAGGAGAUUCAUCUUCCUAUGCGGGGAAACUGAAAGCUGAUAAGAUGAAACCGGAUCAUUUGGAAUACAAGAAUGAUCUUUUUUAUGAAGUGGGAGAAACCAAGGGGGCGUUUACGCACGACGGAGAGAUGGACGCACGAUCGGAAACAGGAGAGAGCUCUGGUUUGCACUCAAGCAUCAACGGUGCAUCUUCUGUGGUCCUGUCCAGUAGUCAGGGCGAACAGAAAAGCGCUUUCUGUAAACCAAGUAAAAUAACGUCUUCUAUUGGCCCCCAGGCGCAUCUCAGCAGCGCUACAAUAGCCCCCUCUAGCCGCCUAGAGGAGAUGACUGAUGCUUUUAACUCCAGGACUGUUAUGGGAUACAACAGCCUGAUACCGUCCAACAUCCUGAGCGGUGACUUACAAACCUUACCUUCUCCGGUUGCAUUAAACAACGCCUACUGUUACGCACCGGAGCACUGGUCCAGGAACAUUGGCGCCCAGAUGCAGACCACAUCUCUUACGAUCCUUCCCCCGACUUUCACCUCAUUUGGCCUGUCAGUGCAGAACUGGUGCGCCAAAUGCAACCUGUCCUUUCGCAUGACCUCUGACCUCGUUUUUCACAUGCGCUCUCACCACAAGAAGGAGUUCGCAGUGGAAUCCCAGGUGAGGAGGCGGAGGGAGGUGAAACUCACCUGCCCGAUCUGCCACGAGUACUUCCGAGAGAGACACCACUUAUCCAGACACAUGACUUCUCAUAACUGAGACAAGAAGGGACAAAAACUAUGUAUCCUCUAAGUGAUUUAACACGUUUAUGUCCCAGAUUCACAGCAGGAUUUUCUUUAACAAUGAAUGUAGGUGACUGUAGAAUGGGCACACAUGGCCAUCACGGCCUGUCCACUAGGUGACAACAGAGGAACAUGUAACCUAAUCUCACAGCAGUUUGUUGUCUGUCCUUUACCCCUGCCUUUAGGUUGAUGAUUAUUUGUGCCUUAUGGAGCUCAAGGGGGACGAAAGACUGAGAUCUCGAGGACAGUUCAUGAUUGUCAUAAAUUUCUCAGCGCACUUCUCUUAUUUAACAGCUUUUUUUUUGCUCUGAUUUAUACCGAAGUGUUUGUACAUUCGUUUUGAAAUCGAAAAUUAUGAAACUCAUACGUGUCGAGUAUUUUGUUUCCCCUUCAUGUUGGUUGAAAUGAGAAAAAGUGCAGUUUCGGUUUGUUCCAACAGGCGGCGACAAAGGCCUACUUUGGUCUUUCUGCUCUCUGGAGUGUCAAACGCGUUUUCUUUGUGAUUUGACUUGCUGCUGAAUGAUAACAAGAUUCUGUAAUUUAUAGAAGAAGAAAAAAGAACAGCGCAUGACCCAAGGGGGAAAUUAACAUCUAUGGUUAUCACUGCUCUCAUGCACUACAUGGCAAAAUGAAACAAAUAAUAAUAAUAACCUGAGUGUUUGAGAUGUUGCAUCCACCAUUUCAGCAUACUCCAGUAGUUGAAGAAAAAUUAGUUGAAAUAAAGAAAGAAUAAAAGGCUCCAGGCCGCCACUCAAAAAAAUUAAAAGCGCUAGUUUGAGAAGUUUUAUUAUUCAUCUACAAACCUGGAUGGAGUCCACACAAGCCCACAGCUUUGAAUCUGGCAUUCCAUGUUUUUCCACCAGUAACGAACAUCUCUCGUCCCAUUUGGGGUCAGGCUUCGAACAGAUGGACAUAAAUAGCCAUCUCUGUUGCAGGUAAAUGAGGCGGGAAGAAGGCAUGAAGUUCAUGGGAAAGCCUCGGCCCUGUUCGGCCUCUUUGUAGUGUAAGGAUGUAAACCCACCCACACUGCUGUUAUCUACUUUUAUGUGAGUAAAAGAGUUGCUGCUUGUCUCAGACUGAUUAGACUAUCACCAGGUGCAUUCAGGGAGUUCAUUAAUACUUUUCUGGAAAUAGUUCAGAUUUCUUUUUUGGAUAUUUUGUUUGUGAUGGCGAUCCAUUGGAGAGCAUUAUGUUUUAUGAGUGACUUGAACCUGUACACAAACAAUGACAGCUGAACACAUACACACUACAAAAACUUGUCUGUAAGUAUAAAUAUGUUACAUCAUGUUCAUUAGUUAAGUGUUUUCCCUUUCUAAAGAAAAAAAUAUGAUAAUAUAGUGGCCUGUAUGAUUAAUGGGU